AUGGAGCUGUGGUGUCCUAGCACUAGAAAUACUAGCCCCGACCUCUACAAACGGAUAGGUCAACAGCGUUCCUCGCUUAUAUUGUCAGCCAGUUUACCGUUAACCACGCCACUUUGGAUAUCAUUCGAUAGAGAAUUGCAGGGGCUACAAAAUGAUACAUAUAAUAUUGAGAAAAAAUGGGGUCUGGGUGUCCUAACACUAGAAAUACUGGUGGGGAGGGAUCUUAUAAUUAAAAAGAAGCUGUUUCUGUUACUUGGUUCAAGACAAGGUAGGUGUCGUGAUCUGAAAUCAACCGAGAAACUGGGAAAAUGUAGGGCACUGUUGAUU